UAUUACUGAUACAAGUACCCAGUGUAUAAAGAUGUUGACCAUGUGUCAUUCUUCCUGAAAACUUAAUCCCACAGCUUCAGAAAAAGCAAGAUCUGAAGAAAUUAGUGCCAAACCAACCCUCCUUGGUGGUAUUUUCACCUGUCGGUACAUCUAAGGACAUCAAGAUGAGCACGUUUCUGUGGAGCUGUGCAGCGUUAUUGACUCUAUUUGUUGCAGUUGAGUCCCUCACCUGUAACACCUGUGAUGUAUCCAUUCUCGGCACCUGCCUCGGUGACACUCCUGUAAACUGCACCAGAACUCAGAACAGAUGCUACAACGCUGUUGCCAAAUUUAGUGCCGACCUGUUGCCGAUCCAUGCGCGAGGCUGCAUCGAAGAAUCCGCCUGCAAAAACGAGACAGGGGUCUCCAUCCUGACCGUGAACUACAGCAUCACCAUGACCUGCUGCAGCACCAACCUUUGUAACGGAGCUGCCUCUGUCCCGCUGCCUCUGACUGCCGCUCUGGGCGCUGCUCUGGUGGCAGUUUGGAACCAAUUGGGCCUUUAAAGAAGAAGGAGACGGAAGAAAAUGGGUUGCUGCACAUUUUCAUUUCAAAAUGUCAUCACUUGUUUGUUCUUUAAUUUCUUGAAUAUGCUUUAAAUGACCCUUGCAGUGUGUCAGGGCGCCCAUGUCACGCCUGAUAUGACUCUGCUUGGAGUCUUCACAGCACCGUGUGAGGUUGCAGCAGGUCUACAUUGACGGUUUGAGCAAUUUGUUGGGGUAGAUACUACAUCAGGGCUGAAUAUCUAUGCUUUUAUAAGUAAUUCUCAAACAUUUUAACACUUCGGAUGUAAUAAUGUAUUUCAAAACAUUCCCAGACAUGCAUGAGAUCAUAUUGGCUAGAUUUUGUUGUGAAUCACUGUAUGUUCAUUCAGUGCUAAAGGGCAACUAAAUCCUAAUACUGAUUAUUGCAACAAUAUUUUCCAUUUGUGUUUCGUAUGUUUAUUUGGAACACAACCCUCCAAAUGAUUCAUAUUAUGGGGUAUGGUAACGUAAUUUCUUGAAGAUUAAGUUGGGCUAUGGUAGGUGAUCCGGUUUAAACAUUGCACUCAGUGUGCUGGCACAGGACAAGAUCGACAUACAUACUUUAUGCUAAGCUAAGCUAAGCAGCCGCUGGCUGUACAGACAUAAGAGUGGUAUCAAUCUUCUCAUCUAAAAAAGAAAUAAGUGUAAAAGUGUAAAAUUAUUCCUUUUACUACUAACAACCAACAGUAAACUUAAAGGACUAGUUCAACAUUUGGUAAUUAUUGUAUGCUUCUUCACAUUCUUGCAGAGUGUUGUGUAAUGCUACAGCUAAUGUUUAUCUUAUCUUAAAGACUAGAAACCAGAAAACAACAAAAUUGUAAAUUCUUGUUUUUUUCAUUUUUUCUAUUUUAAUGUUGAACUAUUCUUUUUUCUUCGUAGCAGGUGUUAUAUCUAUCGUGUUUUGAAGACUUUUUCAUCAAAUUCAAAGCUUAAAUUCCAUUCGUAAGUGUCAUUUAAAUGAUCUAUUAUCUAUAUUAUCUUAUUAUUUUCUAUUCUAUAAGUGGACCUUUGAAUUGAGAUUACGUCAUUCUCUAAUAUUUCAGAUUUUUUUUCUACUCUAAGGUGAAGAAUACAGUUCUAUGAUCAUAUCCCUGUCUUUAUGUAUCAUAAAAAUAAAAGGAGUGUCUUCGACACAUAA